AUGGAGGGGUUUGGGAUUCUAUUUGGGUUUUAUGACCCGUGUCAUCUCCCAAAUAAUCCUGGAUGGCCCUUGCGCAACCUCUUAGCACUUAUUUCUGCAAGGUGGAAUCUCAAGUCUGUUCAGUUUUUCUGCUACAGGGAGAACCGGGGUUUUGCUGAUAUGAGCUUGUCCCUUGUUGGUGAAGCAUUAUUAACAGUUCCACAAGGGUGGAAAGAUGCUGUGCCUAAUGCAGUUGGAUGGGAACUUAAUAAGGGAAGAAAAGUACCUAGGUGUAUUAGUCUUGCACAAUCCAUGGAUCCAACCAGGUUGGCUGUAUCUGCUGCAGAUUUGAAUUUAAAGCUUAUGAGGUGGCGUGCUUUGCCAUCUUUGGACUUGAGUGCUUUGUCUUCCCUCAAGUGUCUUCUCCUUGGAGCAGGCACACUUGGAUGCCAGGUUGCGCGCAUGCUUAUGGCAUGGGGUGUCCGAAAAAUUACUCUAGUUGACAAUGGCAGGGUGGCUAUGUCUAAUCCAUUGAGGAAGUCUCUUUAUACUUUGGAUAACUGUCUUAAUGGCGGAGAGUUUAAAGCUACAGCAGCAGUUGAAAGUCUCAAAUGGAUAUUUCCUGCAGUGGAAGCGGAAGGCAUUGUUAUGGCUAUACCAAUGCCUGGACACCCUGUAAAUAGCGAGGAACAGGAGAAUGUACUUGAUGCUCAUGAUGCAGUUUUUUUAUUGACAGAUACGAGGGAAAGUCGUUGGCUCCCAACACUUCUCUGUGCCAAUGCUAUCAAGAUUACCAUGACUGCAGCACUGGGGUUUGAAAGUUUCUUGGUUAUGCGUCACGGAGCGGGUCCUUUCAGCAGCGCCUGUGAUUCGAGUGCUGAAACAGCUAGUUCUUCAUCUGCCGAUUUGUCUGUAAAUGAUGCAAAUGGAAAACAUAGACUGGGAUGCUAUUUCUGCAACGAUGUUGUUGCACCAACUGAUUCAACGUCCAACCGCACUCUGGACCAGCAAUGUUCUGUGACCCGACCGGGGCUAGCUCCUAUUGCUUCUGCCCUUGCUGUUGAACUUUUAGUAGGGAUUUUGCAUCACCCUCAAGGGAUAUAUGCAGAAGCCGAUAUUAACAACGGUGCACGAAGCAGGGAUAUGGGAUAUUACAUAAAUUCUUCAUCACUAUCCAAAUUUCUCUCACUCUCUUCGCAUGACUCUCUCAAUCUCAUUGAGAUUCAUCAACCUACUGUAUCUCUCACGUUCAACAAUUGGAACAAUAUCAUAGUACCUACAUACUACAAUAUUUAA